CUGAACCAAUCAGAUCAGGUGAUCGAAGAGAACAUGACCAUAGUGGGAGGACGACAAGAUCUUGACAAGGGAGAGGAAUUUGAAAUACCAGAAGCUGAAGACGAAGGCGUUGGUGACGCGGUCCCGGCCGCUGUUAUAAGCGCCGCCGGCUUCGCCGACCCAAGCACUUGCAGAGGUGGCGGAGGAGCUCUUGAGGAUGUGCUGCAGCUGACGAAAGGUACGGAUUUGUUGAUCCAGAUAUGAAGCAUUGAGGAUUUUCUCCACCAGGUGCUCAUCAUUUGCUAUAUUAUUAUUUGUCAUUUUUAGCACAUAAACAGAUGACUAAGGC